AUGGAUGACGAUGCGUCCCUAAGAACUGAGAAUGAGCGGGUUUAUCAAUUACGAAGAAAGAACUUCCAGAGAAAGCUGGUUUCAGAGGUUAGUUACUUUGGGUUUAUUAUCAUUGUGCUAUACUAUUUGAAAUAUGGCUGUACCAUUUGGACUCUGGUGCUAAGAACAGUCGUUCAAUCGCUACUAGCAGUACCGUUCCCGAGUGAGAUACAAAUACGAAGACUGUCACAAGCUAGAGAAAAUUCAGGCUCUGCUUAUCUUUCUACUAUUUCUGGAGCUAUGUCAACAGACACAGUGGAAAUGCCAGGUGCUUUUCCCUCGACCAGUACUCAAGAAACUGCUCCCAGAUCAGAGGAACAGAUAAAGAAGGAGAUUGACGGAGUAAAGAUUAAGAUUAGAAAUGUUCUAUUCCAUGCUUCGCUUACCAUCAAUUUUCUUUACCUUAUAUUUGCCCUAUUGUUCCCUACUAAUUUCGUGGGGAAACUAGAGGGCAAUCAUUUACGUGAAGAUGGAUUGACCAAUACCCCGUCGCCCUUCAACAACGCAAAUGGGCUUAUUCAAGGGGAACGUAAAGGCGGCUUCUUCUUGCAAAUGAUAGGAGAAGCCAUACCGCAGAGUAAUUUAAAGGGAAAUGUUGGAGUUAUUAUGUUCGAAUUUGCAAUUCUUUUUUGCCAAUUCAGCUUAUUUACGCUGACAUGUGUGAAUUUUGCCAAUCUUGACGAGUUGACCACCAAUGACGAAACCACUGAAGAUAUGAACUCCCACAGUGAUGGGUAUGAUGGCAAAGUCCAUGUAACUCAAAUUGACCCCAUAACAGCGAUCGACAAAACAAUGUCCUCCUCGAUAGAGUCGCAGCGGGAGCCACAAGCCCUGGUUUAA